AAAGUUUAAAAUAUAAAAAUACACCAGUUAUUAUUUAUAACAAUGUUAUAUUUUCAUUUCUCAUAGUAAACAUUUGUUGUGUUUGAAAGCAACGACAAAAAAUUCCAAACUCGAAUUUUUUUAAAAAUAUUUAAAUUGUCAAAAAUGGAAAAAGAACUAAAUGAUGUAAAUGAAGAAUGUUUUAAUCUCAAAAAGCAGAGAAAAUUGGAAGUGUUUGAUGACAUUUUAUCACAUGUCGGUGGUUUUGGAAAAUAUCAGUUGACAUUAAUAUUGAUUUUUUUUCCAUUCGCAAUUGCAUUCUUAAUAGUUUUUUUCUCGCAAAUAUUUAUUACGGUAAUACCACAAAAACAUUGGUGUAAAGUAAAUGAAGUGUCGGAUCUAAAUUUAACGCAGGAGCAAAAAUUUCAAUUGGUUAUCCCGCAAUCUAAACAAUACCCAUACUAUGACAGAUGUCAUUAUAAAAAAUUAAACUUACAAAACAGCAGUACAACAUCUGAUAAAUUUAAUAUCUCAAAAUGGGAGACAGGUGAAUUAAUUCAAUGUAAUCAAUGGGAAUAUGAUUUUAACGAUGUUCCCUACGCUAGUAUUGGAGUCGAGUUAAAUUGGGUUUGCAAUAGAGAAUAUUUAAUAGCAACAGCACAAUCAAUCUUCUAUUUUGGAUCAAUUUUUGGAAAUUUCAUUUUUGGUUGGAUUUCUGAUCGUUAUGGUCGAACUAGAGGAUUACUAUGCUGCUCAGCAACUGCAUUUAUAGCGUCAAUUGGAACAGCCAAUUCUUAUAAUUUUUGGACAUUUGCCAUUUGUCGAUUUUUAAUGGGUUUUGCAUAUGAUAAUAUUAUAAUAAUUCCAUUUAUUAUCGUUUUAGAAUACACUUCUGCAAAAAGAAGAUCAGAGAUUGGUUGCCUAGUAUUUGGAUUUAAUUUCGCGUUAGGAUUAUUAGUCGUAACAUGGUCGCCUUAUAUAAUUAAAAAUUGGAGACAUUUUGCAUACUUUAAUUCAUUACCAUGUUUACUUUGUUUUUUCAUUACUUUCCUCAUGCCAGAAAGUGCACGUUGGUACUUGACAAAAGGAAAGGUUGAUGAAUUACUUAAAAAACUACGGAGAAUAUCAAAAGUUAACAAUAAAAUUCCAAGAGAAGGGGUAUUUGAAGAAUUUUUGGAAAAUAUAACUUAUAGAAAGGAAAAUGUUGAAAAUGCAACUCUCUUGGAUAUAAGAAGUACUCCUAGUCUUGCAAAAAAUGUUCUCCUUUUGGCAAUUGUUUUUUCACAGUCUACAUUAACAAUGGAUACAUAUAUCUAUUAUUCAAAUAGAUAUGACAUGUCUAUUUUUAUGUCUUUCACUUGGUUCAGUGUUGAAUGUUUUAUAGCUGCAAUAUUUACUAGAUUAAUUUCAAUUCGUUGGGGUCUGCGAUUUAGUGGAUUUUUAGGCCUCCUUCUAGCUACAGUCUUUGGUUUUACAUUAGUAUUUACAAAAAAUGAAACUGUAAAAAUUGUUGCCGGAUCACUAGGUAGAAUGUGUACAGGUUUUGUGCAAAUUUUAUACAGUCAAUAUGUUGCUGAAUUUUUUCCAACCUCUCUGAGAACACAGGGCAGUGCUUUGAUUCAUUUUGUAAGUGUUCUCAUGCACUUCAUUGCGCCCUAUCUUAUUGUUUUGGCCAGUACAUGGAGAGAAUUACCAAUGCUAAUAAUUGCAACGUUGACAUUAAUAAAUUCAAUUUUAAUUCUUUUUUUACCCGAAACUACAGGAAAGAAUUUACGUCAAACUCUUCAAGAAGGGGAGGAUUUUUGCAAGAAUAAAAAAUUUUGGCCUAUUUUGGUUUAAAGUCAAAUGAGAGUAAUUAAUAGUUAUAAUAAUUAUAUAUUUUAUUAAAUAAUAUGAAAUGUAAUUCUUAUUAUAUAUUUAAUUAACUGCUGAAUAAUACUGAUGUGAAUAGGAAUGAUUUCUCUUUAAAUAGUUUACUUUUUGUAAGUCAAUUUUCUGAUGGUACCAGCUACUAUAGAAAGAUUAUCUCAUCGAUGUAAAAUGUGUUUGUGAGCCCUCUUCUUUGUAGUUGUAGUUCACGCAUACAGGAAUCAUGUAUUUGAAAACAUCUUUCACAAUUACCAAUGAUCGAGAAUAAAGUAUUUGGAUACAUUUUGAUAAAAUUAAC